AUGUUAAGAGACUUAAACCAACCACAAGGUGGUGAAGCAAAUGAAAUGUCAUAUGACGACAAAUAUAGACACUUCUCCAUGGCAAAGAUGAGACAAGUUUUAAAUAUUUACAAUAGCCGUAAACAAAAAGGUUUGGGAAACCACUCCCCCGAAGAAAUGAAAAACAACCCUGACUUAGAGAAAGACUAUAUAUUUAAUAAUUUAGUCAAAAGAGACAAACAAGAAAGAAUGCCGGGCUUCAAACUUCAGAAAGGUGACAAAGUAAAAAUAGAAAUACCUAAACGCGACCCAUAUGAAAAUACUAUUGACUAUGACAACAAUGGGAACCCGACAGGUACUCACAUUCGUGUUCGUAAAAAUAGAAGAAAGUAUACAAGAGAAUAUUAUGAAGUUUUAGGCAAACAUGGCAAAAUGUACACACUGCAAGCAGAAGAUAAAACUACUAUUGUCAGACCUCGUUUCAAACUUGUCAAAGUUCAAGGUGGUAUACUUUCAAAGACAGUUCCUAACAAAUAUAAGACAACUCCUGACGAAUAUGCUAAAGAAGUUGAAAAUGACGACUAA